AUGCCGCGGCCUCAAGUCAGCAUUGAACGCCUUCCAACGCGACGCUUGAGCAACGAGCCCCGUGAGUCUAUGAACUGCAAAUCGUGCCGAAAGCGCAAGAUCAAGUGCAACCGGCUUCGUCCUGCCUGCGAGGCGUGCCAGGUGUUUCAAUGUCCCUGUAUAUAUGAUGCCGUUCCGAAAAAAAGGGGCCCAAAGACCGAUGUAUUGGAGGCCCUUCUGAAAAGGGUCGAUGGGCUCGAGGCACGGUUAAGAGAAAAAAAGGCGGGCACUGAAGCAGAAAGCUCUGAGAGUGCAGUGACAAAUGCCCCUGAGCCAUCCAAUUUCACUCAGCCGGCAGCGAGUACCUCUGCUGGAGGAGUGAAGACCGACGUUGGCCAGGAAUCUCAAGACACUUCCAUGUUUUCUCCUGUCCAGAGCCAUGAUUUGUCUGACUUUUGGCGUAGCGAGCAGUCCCCUGAGAUCCACCCGGACACUUUGCUCGACAUCUACUUUACCCGCUUUCACGACAAACCCUUCUACAUUUUUGACGAAUCCACAUUGCGGCAACGUCUUCAGCUCAACCAGGUAGCUAGCCACCUGGUUCACGCCAUCUACGCGGUAGCUGCCAGAUACGCGCCUCACCCAAACGGCUACCAGUCCGCCGUGAAACUGAGCGAAGAAUAUGCCGCCAGGGCAAGGGCGGAAGUUGACACGGACGAUCCAUCUGUGGAUGCACUACAGACCCUGGUACUUCUCGUGACGGCUUUCACGGCAUCUGGAAAGGGAAAGAAGGCAUACAUGCUGCUGACAAGCGCUGUUGGGAUGGCUAUGGCUCUGGAGUUGCACAGGGAGUUGGAUGUGAACGCCCGCGUCACCCCGAUCGAACGGGAAACACGCCGAAGGCUGUUUUGGACUUGCUACCUGCUCGACCGUUUCAUGUCCUGUGGCUCGAAGCGCCCGUCUCUCAUAUCCGAUCGUGCCAUUCUCUUACGACUGCCGUGCUGGUACCCGAGCCCGAACACGAUGCCCAUGGAGGGCGAUUUCUUCCAGAGUUAUACAAACCUCCAACACCUGCACGGCGGAGGCAAGAGGUCCCAAGGGAGCAACGGGAUGUUGAUCGAUAUCUGCCGCAUCCUCGGCACGACGAACCAGUACUUGGCUGCCGGCGGAGUCAAGGGGGAUUCUCAUUUCCCGUGGCACUCGCUGUCCAACCUGUCCAAGAUCCGCCAGGACCUGGACGUGUGGGCUUCGGGAACAGAAGACGUGUUUUCCAGCGUGGACUCGCUAUUUGGACAGCCGGAUUCCACCGUGCUUGUGCUAAGCAAGCUCAUAUACCAUCUCAUUCACUGCCUCAUAUACCGUCCCUUCCUCCCCAUCGAUUUGGCGGAGCUUGCAGGGUCCGGUCAACACCAGUCAUGGCAGAUCGAGGCCACAAACAUGUGCUUCCUGCACGCAAACGCCAUCGCAGAGCUGGUGGAACUCGGCAAGCAGACAGCAUCCGUCGAAUGGCCCGCGUUUGUCGGUUACUGCAUCUGCACAGCCGGCACGGUACACAUCCACGGAGCGCACUAUAGCCGCAUCGGGACGGCUGGGGACAUGAGCGUGUUCAGCUCCUCGGCCGAAUUCCUAUCGAGAGAGAUGCAGCAACUCAGCGAGCUACGGUAUGCGUGGGCGAGCGUCCAACACCAGCGCGAAACGCUUCAAGGGAUCUACAACGCACACUCGGAGCUGGUCAAGAGUCUGUCGCAGAGCCCCAUGCGGUAUUCGCCCGUCUUUACUCUGGAGGAUUUCUUCGACCGGUACGCCAACAUUGGAGGCCCUGGAGGGCAAAGCUUCAGCUUUGACGCGGCGAAUCUGAGCCUCGCCGAUGUCGUUGUGGAUUUCACAACGGAUACGUACCCGGGACAGGGUCUCUGCGCUCCUCGCCUCAGCCCGUCCGAUCCGGGAGCCAGCCGUCCGAACCUCAAAAGAAAGAACACGGCGCCGUCCGGCCGUCCAAGGCCAGAUUUCAAGAAUUCUAUAUCAAUGAACAAGAUGAACCCCCCACCAACGCUGUCUUUAUCCACGCCGUCGACUGUGGGCCGCCCACUGUUCUCGCCAUCGUCAGUACCACCUCAACCAUCGCCGGGGAUGCUGCACACACCGACGUCUCUUACUUCACCCCACGGGCCCCUUCAGCAGAACCGGCGCCUAAGCAUGUCCCAGAACCAGGCUAGCGGGAGCGCCGCAGGGGAAGGUGGCCUAGCCAACUUUCCGCUCGGCGAUAACAACCGCAGCGGUCAAUCAGCCGACAUACCCCACGGUUUUCCCAACAUGGGCAACGGAACGUUCAACCCGUCCUUCAACUUUGGCCAGCUCCCCGCUGGCUCAUCGACGGCCAAUGGUGCCGGGAGCGGUACAGCACCACCACAGGGUUUUGACCCUAUGUUCGGCGAAUUACCGACGAAUGCCUUUGGGACGCCGACGCCAUGGCACGGCGAUGAGGGAGGUGGAAAUGCCCCUGGCGGCGGCGGCGGCGGCACCAGAGCGCCGGCCGAAGUGGGUGCGACACCCAAGGACACGAGUCCUAACGAGAGCGCAGCAACUACGGGAGCGGGUGAGGAGAAGGAUCCGUUCCUGAGCUUGCUGGAGCAACUGGCGGAGAACGAGUCGUUUAUGGGGGGCGCAGGGAACGAGCUGGACUUCUUCUUAAACGGGACGCCUAACGGGGGUUGA